UAUUUUUGGAUUUGUUUAGAUGAUGCUUGUUUCCAAAGAGAAACUUUUCUAGGAGGUUGUUUAUAUGAAGAGAAGAGUUUCAAAGAAGCUAAAUACAAUUUGGUCAAUUUUACUAUGACUAUUGUUGUGAGUGAAGGUAGAUUUUAUAAAAUUGGGAUGAAAGAGAUAGAAG